GAGGAGGAGCCAGUGACUGGGUUUGGGGUUGUAUUGCACCCCACCCGCCCCACUGGUAGGCAAACCUCUCACAUUCCGAGGGAAUUGAAUUGGAUGGAGAAAGGCUGACCCAGGCAGCGGAGGGAAGCAGUUCUCAGCUGCUCCUCCUCUUGUCACUCAGCGGGACUCUUGACUCUCCUCCAAAUCGAGCUGCUCGGGGCCAGGGGAGCAGCAGAGUACCCUGCUCAGUGCCAGCCUCUGGGAAUCUGCUCGGCGCCUGGUGCAUCCCCAGCUGCCCUGUCACCCGGCCACGUCCCUGCCACUGGGACCGCUCUGAUGGCUGCGGCCUCCGCUGCCCCGGGGGGCCUCUUCUGCAGGCAGCUCCUUUUCUCUCUCCUGGUUUUAAUAUUGUUUUGCGAUGCUUGUCAGAAAAUUUCUCUUCAAGUUCCUUCUCAUCUUCAGGCUGAAACACUUGUAGGCAAAGUGAGUGUGAAGGAGUGUCUCCGGUCGGCCAGCCUAAUCCGGUCAAGUGAUCCCGACUUCAGAGUUCUGGAAGAUGGCUCAGUGUACACAACACACGACCUCGUCUUGUCUCCUCCAGGGAAGAGUUUUUCCAUUUUCCUGUCAGACAGUCAGCAGCAGGAGCAGAGAGAGAUGGAAAUUGUGCUGGAAGCGAGAGGAAAGAAGGUUCUGAGAAAGAGACACACCAAAAACGCAGCCCUCAAGCGCAGCAAGAGGCGCUGGGCCCCGAUUCCAUGCUCCCUGAUGGAGAACUCGUUAGGCCCAUUCCCACAGCACGUCCAGCAGGUCCAAUCUGAUGCCGCACAGAACUACACCAUCUUUUACUCAAUAAGUGGCCCAGGAGUGGACAAAGAGCCCUUCAAUUUGUUCUUCAUAAAUAAAGACACUGGGGAUAUCUUUUGUACACGAAGCAUAGAUCGUGAACAAUAUCAAGAGUUCCCGCUGUAUGCCUAUGCCACCACCGCCGAUGGGUACGCGCCAGAGUACCCACUCCCCUUACUGUUCAAGGUUGAAGAUGAUAACGAUAAUGCCCCGUAUUUUGAAAACAAAGUGACUAUCUUCACUGUGCCGGAAAAUUGCAGAACUGGAACUUCUGUGGGGAAAGUGACUGCCAUCGACCUCGACGAACCUGACACCCUACACACUCGUCUGAAAUAUAAAAUCUUACAGCAAAUCCCGGACCACCCCAAGCAUUUCUCCAUCCACCCAGACACGGGCGUCAUCACCACAACUUCACUCUUACUGGACAGAGAAAAAUGUGAUACAUACCAAUUAAUAAUGGAGGUUCGAGACAUGGGAGGCCAACAUUUUGGUUUGUUUAAUACAGGAACAAUCACUAUUUCACUCGAAGAUGAAAACGAUAAUUCACCAUAUUUUACAGAAAAUUCUUAUUUUGCAGAAGUAGAAGAAAACAGAAUUGACGUUGAGAUUUUACGAAUGAAGGUUCAUGACCUGGAUCUGCCAAAUACUGCUCACUCAAAGGCUGUGUACACAAUCCUACAGGGAAAUGAGAACGGAAACUUCAAAAUCAGCACAGACCCAAAUACAAAUGAAGGGGUCUUGUGUGUUGUCAAGCCAUUGAACUAUGAAGCCAUUCGCCAAGUUACUUUGCAAAUUGGUGUAGUUAAUGAAGCACAGUUCUCCAAAGCACCAAACUCACAACCUCCUUCUAUGUGCACGACAACUGUCACUGUUAAAGUUAAAGACAGCGAUGAGGGCCCUGAAUGCCAACCACCAGUAAAAGUCAUUCAGAGUAAAGAUGGCCUCCCCGCCGGCCAAGAACUCCUUGGAUACAAAGCCAUGGAUCCAGAAACACGCAGCAGCGAAGGCUUAAGGUAUAAGAAGUUAGGAGAUGAAGAUAACUGGUUUGAAAUUAACGAAAACACUGGUGACUUGAAAACUGUAAAAGUGCUAGAUAGAGAAUCAAAAUUUGUAAAAAACGACCAAUACAAUGUUUCCGUGGUUGCAACCGAUGCAGGUGGCAGAUCUUGCACUGGAACGUUAGUGGUUCUUCUGGAAGAUAACAAUGACCACCCACCACAGGUGGACAAGGACGUGACCAUUUGCCAGCACGCUCAGGACUUUGCUGUUCUCUCCCCGAUGGAUGCGGACGGGCCUGAGAAUGGCCCACCUUUUCAGUUCCUUCUGGAUAAUUCUGCCAGCAAACAUUGGACCUUGGGAUCAAAGGAUGGUAAAACUGCCAUUCUUCGUGCAAAACAACAUAUGGAUUAUAACUACUAUAAUGUGCCCAUCACCAUAAAAGAUAGACAUGGUCUUGCUGCCAAGCACGUAUUGUCAGUCAGAGUAUGUGACUGUACAACGCCGUCCGACUGUAGAAUGAGCAGUCAAGUACGGGACAGAGAUGUCAAGCUCCCGAAUGUCAUCCUCGGGAAAUGGGCGAUUCUUGCCAUGGUGUUGGGUUCCGCACUGUUGUUAUGUGCUCUGUUUACAUGUUUCUGUGUUGUUACUAAGAGAACAGUAAAGAAAUGUAUUCCAGAUGAUGUAGCCCAGCAAAACUUAAUUGUAUCAAAUACUGAAGGGCCUGGAGAAGAAGUAAUGAAAGUGUAUCUGUGUGGACAAGACGAGGAGCACAAACAUUCCGAGGACUACGUCCGUUCCUACAACUAUGAGGGCAAGGGGUCGAUGGCCGGCUCUGUGGGCUGCUGCAGUGACCGGCAGGAGGAGGAAGGGCUGGAGUUUCUCGAUCAUCUGGAACCCAAAUUUAGGACGCUGGCCAAGACGUGUAUAAGGAAGUGAGGGGCCUGUUCAGAGAGUGCCACCUGCGGCUGCAGAUGGAGGCGUUCACUGAACCUAAACGUGACCCCGCGUCUGCUAAUGGAUCGGAGACAAACUCCGAGUGGUGUGGAUAAGUCACUACACAUGUCAAGCUCCCUCCAUUCCCGAGUCUGACAUAGCUUCGUGUUCUCUAGAAAUAAGUUUCAUGGGUCCAUUUUCUUCUGCGAGCCUGUACAUAUCGCCCCUUUCAGCAUCUUUUGUUACUUGUAUCCUGUGGAAGAGAGAGAGCUGGGUAUUGCGGAGUCUAAUAAAAAUGAAUUUUUGUUUUAGAUGA